AUGGCUGAUGACAAACUCAAGUCCUGGCUGCAGAAGCUGGAUGAGGCGUGUCCCGACGACGUGAAAGAAGAGAAGCAGAUUAAGGUUCCGAAGCCCGAGGAUUAUGAAUCAUGGCCGGCCUAUGUCCUCGACACAAUUAGAAUUACCAAGCUCAGACCCCGAAUCUUGGAUCCCUCAGAUUUCGAACACUAUGUAGACUGGUUACAUUGUGAGUUGCGAGCACAAAAGGGUGAAAACCCGUUUCUUCGUCAAAAUCUUUCCCGCGUAAACUUCUUGGGACGACAAGUAUGGCUGGAAAGACCGUGGAGGAAGCAUAGGAAAGUAAAGAGGAAGAAGAUUGUUCAAAUUUCUGCUUUCGAGCAGAGACAGACGGCGCGUCGGCUAAAAACACUAAAAGAACUUGAUUCUGGAACGUAUAAACCGCAAGGCAUUUGCCCUCCACAACGGUUUACGUGGCGCCUAAGACAACAUGCUGAAUAUAUCAGAAAGGCGGACAAAUAUUUACGAAAGAUGCUUCUUGGCGAAGACGAACCUAAAGAAUCUACAAUAGUCACCGAGUUGUUAGCCGCAGCUGGCAUCCAUGAAGAGUUCAUUCAAAACGAUCAGUUCUCCGCUCGCGUGUUGGGUGCUGAACGUAAAACUCUAGGACCGAUAUCUAGCAAGAAUAAAGUAAACCAGGAAGAGGCUACUUCAUCCCCAACUAAGGAAGUCAAAGGUGUCAAACGAAGUCGAUACUUUGUAGAUGAAGGCAGUCCUAUCACAAACGAUAGGAAGAGAUUAGCAUGUCCAUCACUUAGGACGAGAGAAACUACACCGAGGCCAAAGCUUAGAAAUAUGCGAAUG